AUGGCAGUUCACGAGUCCACAAAUGCAGCAUCACACAGCGAGGAGGAGGGGAACAGCAGAAGCUCCCUUCGCCCCCCUUGGCCGUCAGCAGGUGCAGUGCGAGUGGAGCAGCUGACAGUGCGGUAUGGCAGCACGGGGCAGGCAGUGCUGCGCAGCUUGAGCUUUCGGCUCGCAGGAGGAGAGAAGUGUGGUGUGGUGGGGCGAACAGGUGCAGGAAAAUCCACACUCAUGCUCGCUCUGCUGCGGUUGGUGGAAGCGUCUUCAGGGAGCAUUUGCAUUGACGGUGUCGACAUUGCAUCGCUGCCCCUAGCCACCCUGCGAAGCGAGGUGGUGGCCAUUCCUCAAGAGCCGGUUCUUUUCAGCCAAUCAUUGCGAUUCAACCUUGAUCCCCUGGGGCAGCACAGUGACGAGGCCCUGUGGUCGGUGCUGGCAACGGUGCGCCUAAAGCCGCUGGUGGCGGGGCUGCUGGGCGGGUUGGAUGGUGCCCUGGCUCAGGGCGGGGGGAACCUGUCCCUGGGGCAGAGGCAACUGCUCUGUCUUGCAAGGGCGUUGCUGGCGUCGACACGCGUGUUGCUGAUGGAUGAGGCGACAGCGAGCAUGGAUGGGGAGAGCGAUGCAGUAAUUAAAGACAUCCUGUGGGAGUCGUUCAAGGACAGCACCGUCAUCACCAUUGCACACCGCCUCUCCACAGUUCUGCAUUAUGAUCAGGCAAGCCUUUUGAGACGUCUCCAGAGUCAUUCAAGGACAGCACCGUCAUCACCAUCGCACACCGCCUCUCCACAGUUCUGCAUUAUGAUCAGGCAAGCCUUUUGA